GCUAUAAGAAGGCAGAUGAUGAGAUGUCCCGGGCCACGUCUGUGGGAGACCAGCUGGAUGCACCAACCCGCACCAUUUACCUCAACCAACCGCAUCUCAACAAAUUCCGUGACAACCAGAUCAGCACGGCCAAGUACAGUGUGUUGACGUUUCUACCUCGAUUCUUGUAUGAGCAGAUCCGGAGAGCUGCCAACGCCUUCUUCCUCUUCAUUGCCUUAUUACAGCAAAUUCCAGAUGUAUCUCCAACGGGAAGAUACACCACCCUGGUGCCAUUGAUCAUUAUUUUAACAAUCGCAGGCAUCAAAGAGAUCGUAGAAGAUUUUAAGCGACAUAAGGCAGACAAUGCCGUUAACAAAAAGAAAACGAUAGUGUUAAGAAAUGGUAUGUGGCAUACCAUCAUGUGGAAAGAGGUGGCCGUGGGAGACAUCGUCAAGGUUGUCAACGGGCAGUAUCUUCCGGCGGACGUGGUCCUGCUGUCCUCAAGCGAACCCCAGGCAAUGUGUUACGUCGAAACGGCCAAUCUAGACGGAGAGACGAACCUUAAGAUACGUCAGGGCUUGAGUCACACAGCCGACAUGCAGACGAGGGAGGCGCUGAGGAGGUUGUCUGGGACCGUCGAGUGCGAAGGGCCCAACCGCCACCUCUACGACUUCACCGGAAACUUGAACUUGGAUGGGAAAAGCCCUGUUGCCCUUGGGCCUGACCAGAUCUUAUUAAGAGGUACACAGCUUAGAAAUACUCAGUGGGUCUUUGGCAUAGUUGUCUAUACUGGACACGACACCAAACUCAUGCAGAACUCCACCAAAGCGCCUCUCAAGAGAUCCAACGUGGAGAAAGUGACCAACGUGCAGAUCCUGGUGCUGUUCGGCCUCCUGCUGGUCAUGGCCUUGGUGAGCUCGGUGGGCGCCCUCUACUGGAACGGGUCUCAAGGAGGAAAGAACUGGUACAUCAAGAAGAUGGACACGAGCUCAGACAAUUUUGGAUACAACCUGUUGACAUUCAUCAUCUUGUACAACAACCUGAUCCCCAUCAGCCUGCUGGUGACUCUUGAGGUUGUGAAGUACACACAAGCCCUGUUUAUCAACUGGGACACAGAUAUGUAUUAUCUAGAAAAUGACACACCUGCCAUGGCCAGGACGUCAAACCUUAAUGAAGAGCUUGGGCAGGUGAAAUAUCUAUUUUCUGACAAAACCGGAACUCUUACAUGCAAUAUCAUGAACUUCAAGAAGUGCAGCAUUGCUGGGGUCACUUACGGUCACUUCCCAGAAUUGACAAGGGAACCGUCCUCAGAUGAUUUCUGCCGGAUUCCGCCUCCACCAAGCGAUUCCUGUGACUUUGACGACCCCCGGCUCUUGAAGAACAUCGAGGACCGCCAUCCCACGGCUCCUUGCAUCCAGGAGUUCCUCACGCUCCUGGCCGUGUGCCACACCGUGGUUCCUGAGCGGGACGGGGACAGCAUCAUCUACCAGGCCUCCUCCCCAGACGAAGCUGCUUUGGUGAAAGGGGCUCGAAAGCUGGGCUUUGUCUUCACGGCCAGGACGCCCUACUCUGUCAUCAUCGAGGCCAUGGGACAGGAGCAGACAUUUGGAAUCCUUAAUGUCCUGGAAUUUUCUAGCGACAGGAAGCGAAUGUCCGUCAUUGCGAGGACACCUUCGGGGCAGCUGCGGCUCUACUGCAAAGGGGCUGAUAAUGUGAUUUUUGAGAGACUCUCGAAAGAUUCAAAAUACAUGGAGGAGACCCUCUGCCACCUGGAGUAUUUUGCCACAGAAGGCCUGCGGACUCUGUGUGUGGCUUACGCCGACCUCUCCGAGAGAGAUUACGAGGAGUGGCUCAAAGUCUACCACGAAGCCAGCACCUUAUUGAAAGACAGGACGCAGCGGCUGGAAGAUUGUUACGAGCUGAUCGAGAAGAACUUACUGCUCCUUGGAGCUACCGCCAUAGAAGAUCGCCUUCAGGCAGGCGUUCCAGAAACCAUAGCAACUCUGUUGAAGGCAGAAAUUAAAAUAUGGGUGUUGACAGGCGACAAACAAGAAACUGCAAUUAAUAUAGGCUAUUCCUGCCGGUUGGUGUCACAGAAUAUGGCCCUGAUCCUGCUGAAAGAGGAUUCCUUGGAUGCCACCAGGGCAGCCAUCACCCAGCACUGCGCCGACCUGGGGAGUCUGCUGGGCAAGGAGAACGACGCGGCGCUCAUCAUCGACGGCCACACCCUGAAGUACGCGCUGUCCUUCGAGGUCCGGAGGAGCUUCCUGGACUUGGCCCUCUCGUGCAAGGCGGUCAUAUGCUGCAGGGUGUCUCCUCUGCAGAAGUCGGAGAUAGUGGACGUGGUGAAGAAGCGGGUGAAGGCCAUCACCCUGGCCAUCGGGGACGGGGCCAACGACGUGGGCAUGAUCCAGACGGCCCACGUGGGCGUGGGGAUCAGCGGGAACGAGGGCAUGCAGGCCACCAACAACUCGGACUACGCCAUCGCCCAGUUUUCCUUCCUGGAGAAGCUGCUGCUGGUCCAUGGCGCCUGGAGCUACAACCGCGUGACCAAGUGCAUCCUGUACUGCUUCUACAAGAACGUGGUUCUCUACAUCAUCGAGCUCUGGUUCGCCUUUGUUAAUGGAUUUUCGGGGCAGAUUUUAUUUGAACGUUGGUGCAUCGGCUUGUACAACGUGAUCUUCACGGCGCUGCCCCCCUUCACGCUGGGCAUCUUCGAGAGGUCGUGCAGUCAGGAGAGCAUGCUGAGGUUCCCGCAGCUGUACAAGAUCACGCAGAACGCCGAGGGCUUCAACACCAAGGUUUUCUGGGGUCACUGCAUCAACGCCUUGGUCCACUCCCUUAUCCUCUUCUGGUUUCCGAUGAAGGCGAUGGAGCACGACACUGUGUUGGCCAAUGGUCACGCCACAGACUAUCUAUUUGUUGGAAAUAUUGUUUACACGUACGUUGUUGUUACUGUUUGUCUGAAAGCCGGUUUGGAGACUACAGCAUGGACAAAAUUCAGUCACCUGGCCGUCUGGGGAAGCGUGCUGAUCUGGCUGGUGUUUUUUGGCGUCUACUCGACCAUCUGGCCCACCGUCCCCAUUGCUCCAGACAUGAAGGGCCAGGCGGCUAUGGUCCUGAGCUCUGCACACUUCUGGCUGGGGUUGUUUCUGGUUCCUACCGCGUGUCUGAUGGAAGAUGUAGCGUGGAGAGCGGUGAAGCACACCUGCAAAAAAACGCUGCUGGAGGAGGUGCAGGAGCUGGAAACCAAGUCUCGUGUGAUGGGAAGAGCGAUGCUUCGGGACAGCAACGGAAAGAGGAUGAACGAGCGAGACCGGCUGCUGAAGAGGCUGAGCAGGAAGACGCCACCCACCCUAUUCCGGGCCGGCUCCUUCCAGCAGUCGGUGCCUCACGGGUACGCCUUCUCCCAGGAGGAGCACGGAGCUGUCACCCAGGAGGAGAUCGUCCGCGCCUACGACACCACCAAGCGCAAAUCCAGGAAGAAGUGAGACGCGGCACCCAGGGGUCCUGAUUGCGAGGCGGUUUUGUUUACCCCGCCUUUGUCAGAGGAGCCCGGUGUCUGCAGCCCAAGCACCGGAAAACACAUCCCGAGGCCGUAGCCCACCCCUCUGUUGGUCAUCUGCUCCCUCGCCAGCCUGGACGCGCACCGCAGGGGAGGCCCCGUCCCAUCCGCGCUGCCGCCGCGCUUGGCCCAACCCUGGUUUCUGUUGUUACGAAGCGUUCGACUGUGCUCUGCGAGGUGUGAAAUUAAAAACACGCCGUUUCACCCACAUUUAAACAUCAGUCCCCAUGGUUCUGGGAGAAAGAGAAGAGUUUUAUGGCGCGUGAGAAACGCAGCCCGGGGACCGGAGCGGGGCGCGCAGGCUUCCUGGUUGCUGAUCACAGAUGGAGUCCCCGGGCAGCACGCACACGGUUCGCUUUGAUUCCUGCUUUGUAUGAAUUGGCAUAAACUUCUUGAUUGCAGUGAAAUCACAAAAAUAGGUGUCUGGGUGGUAGGCCUGAGAACGAUUCUGUGAACCGCUCAGUCACAUUCCCUGCUUGGGGGGGGGGGGCACAUGGGGUCCCCACUGUCCCCUGCACCCUGCGCCCUGGCCAGGUGCCUCCUAGCCCGGCGCCUCGCCCUCAGACCCCCCCACACACACACAGGCCGGCCCUGCGCUUGGUGCAUGGCAGCUGCGGGGACCCCCAGACGCACACCGUCCUCCUCCUCCUCCUGCAGACCCCAAAGGGACACGAGGCGAGAAAUCCCCUCGCCUCUGCCUGGAGCCGCAUGGCCCUCCUGCGUCUCUGUCCCUUUCUGACGAGGGAAGCCUGCACGUCAGGGCGAUGGUGGUGCCGCCUGGGCCCCUGCCCCGCACCCACCCCACCCCCCACGCCCGUCAGGCUCGCAUUUCCGGCCCCCAGGCCCCGGGACCUGGACUCCCGCUUCAAUUAGAACCCAGGCUUGUUCGCCCAGGAGCUGAGCACACGUUUUGGAUUCGGAGUGAAUCUACAGCAUGUCUCCCCACGAAGGCACACCCCUGACCCUGUGUCCCCUGGGAUGUGAGGAUGAGUGACCAGGUGGAUGGCGAGGGCGCGAGGGCGGGGAGGGGACACGGGCGAGGAAGCUGGAGCCAGAGCUGCAAGGGAGGGCGCUUUCCCGCACACCUCCCCGCAGAAAUCCUCGAGUCAAACCGGACGCCCAGACAGCCUCGCCGUCAGCCCACGGCGACCUUGGACGCGCGAUUCCCCGGGAACAGAGCGCCACGCUCUUGGAGGCCACGGCCUCUCUGACCUUGACCGGUGUUCCCUCCUCCCCCGUCAGCGCUGGAGGCCGGCGGCUCUCGGGACACGGGGGCCCUGAAUCCAAGACGGCGACGGGGGCGCUGCCUCGCCGACUCCCCAGCGCGGAGCCCCGCGGUCCAAGCUCAAGGGAACGCGGCUGCCUGCGGGCGGGAGGGCGGCACCUGCCGCAGGCCCUCUGCUCCCGCUGCAGUCGCCACCCCCGACUCUUGGCUGCUUGAACGCAUGUUCUUCUGGGCAGCUGUGGCCGGCUCCCACCGCCCAGUUCCUCCGGGGAGGGCCCGGCUGUACGAAGGAAAACAGCAGGCCUUCGGCGUCCUACCCCCCCGCCCCGCCCCGGAACAUCCGCAUCUUCCGGGGCGUGGAGAUGACUUGGGGCGUGAUGUGCGCUGCCUGAGGACAGGGACCCCUCACUCCUGAGAUGACCCGGACCCAGGGAGGCUCCGGGGCCCACAGACCAAGGCAGGGAAGUGUGGGGCCUCCCUCCCCGAGCUGUAGGACACGUGAGACACGGCAGCACCCGCAGGAUGAGUGGUCGGGGGGUGAGGGUCAUGCAGCCACCACAGCGACACGUGCACCUGCGGUCAACCCAGCGAAGCCGGGCGGAGUGUUCCCCGCACCCGCGGAAGGGUGACGGCCUAGGUGCAGAGCGGCGGCGGGGAAAAGCUCCACACUGAGCUCCGUUAGGCACCCUCACCACUUGGCUUCCCCCGGGAACCAAGCCCAGCUGGAAAGGGGGCUCCAAAGUCAGUCCUCCGUCCCACACUUGGCUCCUUCUUGCAAGGGAAGCCUCCCGGCUCAGAUCUGUGAAUCCCAGUGUGUGUGUGUGUGUGUGUGUGUGUGUGUGCGCGCACGCGCGCCUCCUUGGGGCUUUGAGGGGUUUAUUUUACACAUUCAAAUGUAGUUCGGAUCCUUCAGAGGUUGCAGCGUAUCUCCCAGUUCUUUUGAGAAGGAGACUAAACAGACUGUGCCGCUGAGAGAGGUGCGCCGAGAAGAGAGCGUUCCUCGGAUGCCUUUCUCCUCCUCCUCGCCUGGAUCAAGCGCGCUUGUAGCCACGUGACUAAGUCAGGUUUCUAGCAGGAGCACCUGUCACUGCGUGUGACGCCUGAUAUGUAGCUGGGGCUGUCUCGGUUGUCCUAUCUUUAAAUUGAGGUCAGGGUGUCACACACAAGCCCUCUCGGGGGAGCAGGGUGGACGGGAUUGAGUUGCACGCUGUCAGCUCCGUGGAGAUGCCACAUGGCACUUGUCACUCAGUCACACGGUGACACACGGGCUGGCAGGUCGGCCCUGCGGGGCCCGGCUCCGCAUUGGGCUCAAGGGGCAGAUUCCACUCAGGCCCAGCCCUGGGCCAGUGCUGCAGAGACGGCCGACUCUCCCUGGAGUGUGUCGCCGUCAGGCUGACCCUGCAGAAGAGCUGCCUCUCGGCGCUCCUGGCGGUGAGCUCGUCGGGCUCCAGCACAGGCAGGAGGCAGGCAGGAGGCCUCAGCAAGGACAGGGAACGGAAGGCACGGAGAGGAAGUCGGCCACGUCUGCUGGGCUGUCUGGGUCAGCAUGUCAUUGCCAUUCCGGACACUGUGUCAUCAUUCUGGGUGUCGGUGAAACGUCUGGCCCACCUGUAGGCGGAACAUCCCAGGCUUCUGAACCAGUGUCACAGUCUCCCAUCUCCCAACUCCCUCGCACAACCUGUGCUUUGGAAAAAGACACAGUUUCUCUAACACUUGGAGUCUGGGCUUCAGCAGAUCACAGGUAGGAAUUCUGGCCUUUUCUUUUUGCUGACAAGGCUUCAGGUCUGGCUGCAGGGAGCUGGCAGUGGCAAUCUAUGAUUGCUUGUCAAGAAAUAGUGAAUAAGGAAAACAAAGGGAGCAUAAUUAACGUCUGAAACGCCAUGGACAGGUGGUAGAGACUUUACGGUUGAGGCUUCUUUGGGUUUUUUGGGGUUUUUUUGUAAAACUAUAAUUUCCAUUUGUCUUAACAAUGACCCUUCAUCUUUUUUCUGAGCCACACAGAAAAAUAUUUUCCAUCAGAUUCCUGCUCCUAGAAAUUGAUGUCUUAAGGUGACAGGUUGAAAGGGAAUGUUUGCAAACACUGCUGCAGGAUACGACUGCCUAGCUUUGGACAAGCCCAAGAACGACACCCGUGGCGGCCAGGGUUUGAAUGAACGCUGAAGGUCAUUGUCUCAAAGGAACUCAAGGACUGGUUUAGCCUCAGCGUUCAAAACGCAGCCUUGGACCUACUGGGGUCCAUACAAAACUGCGACCCAACUAUGGUGCAGCAGAGCCUGAAAGAAUAGCGUGCGUGGCCAAACAGUGAGCUUAUCACAGGUCAGGCUAGAGGAGGGAGUCUCCCACUCAAUGCUUUCUUCAGGCAGAUGCUUCCGUGAGAAAACCGAAGAGUGAUGGAGACAGAGAAGAUAAGGCGUCCCCUCCAGAACAAGAGGGGCGCCGCGGAGAGGCUGGCCCGGGGCAGUUCUUGGUCCUGGAAGCCUGGGGGAGGCUCUGCAGCCUCAGGUGAGCCAUCUCUCCCCCUUGAAGAGCCAUAUGCCACGUCAGGGCCCCCGAACCCGUGUGACGGCGCACGAAUCCGUCUUCCCAGCAGGAACGCAGGCUCUUGCAUUAGCUUUCUCAGCAUCGCAAACCCACCAGCCUCUUGCGCAAGAGCUUCAGUUCACGCCAGGCCCCCCACUCGUGCUCCGUGCGAAGCGCUCUCGGUUUGCUGGUCUGGACGAGUUGCGACGGGGACCUUCUCUGUGGGAAGAAAGGCCCUGCGCACACAAGGCCCUGAGUGCGCCCCCGUUUCCCCACCCCAAGCGGCCCCCACGGCUGCUCCUCCACCGAGCACCUCUGCUCCCCUGACAGACGGGGAACAAAAGAGCAAUUCUUCCCACACCCAGGCCGGCUCGUUUUCAAGCGACUGUCUCUCCCCCCAGGCGCCUCAGAGACACCCACUCCCAGGCAUCGGACCAAGAAAAACAAGCCCCUGCCAUCCGCCCCCUACACCCUGGCUUUCCUCCUCAUCUGGCCAAAGAAAGAAAGGGGACCUGUACGUGGAGAGUCGGGCACAAGUGUCAGGUGGCUUUGAUUUAUGACAGGAAGAGGAAGAAGGAGUUCAAGGACCGGCGCUGUCCAAAUAACCCGCCCAGGAAACGCAGGACUCGAGAGAGCCCAUCGAGUGCCCUUCAGAGGCCAGCACCGUAGUGGAGGGCAAAGGGCCAGGGGCAGGCAGGAGCCCAGUCCCACGGGACUGGUGGCAGGUGAGUCCCUUAGGUCCUUGGGGCUUGGCACACACCCCCGUAAAGCAGUCAGGGCCAAUUCCAGAACUGAGAAAAAAGACGCCUGCUUUGUCAUUGAGUGUCUCUCGUUCCAACAAGAUCCCUGCACAAGGAAAUACUUUUCCAGGUUUUCCUUAAUAAAAGCCACCCCAGUCCUGUUCGCCCCACCCCAUGACCCUGACCUCGGGUGCUGGGCAGAGAGCCCCCCAGCUCCCCAUCCAGGCCACCUCGGCAGCCGGUCACCCUCGUGCUGUUCGAAGGGCCGGUCCUGGUGGUGUCUUUGUCACGCGGGCGCAGCCACGUGCUCUGCUGUCACAUCUGUGCCCCAUCGCGACAAUACCAUCUGCGCCACGGAGGUUUUAAUCUGCUUAUGCAGAGAGGAGCGGGCGGCGGGGGCGUUUAAUUGGCUCCCAGCAGAGCAGAGAGCUGUUCGGUGGAGCGCGGGGUUUUGUUCUUGCCUCAAGAAGUGUUGCCAUUUUCACGUCCUAUUAAUGUCCCCUGGUCGUUAACUUCGAGCAGCGCCGUGUAGCGGAGCCGGGCUCCCUCCUGGAGUGAAUACAAAUGAAGGGCAUUUCCUUGGAUUUCGAGGGGGUUUGCCAAACGCCGUGCUUCCUGGCUUUGAUCAAUCCUGUGGACUGGCGUGUGUCUGCAGAAACCUGUCUCAAAUAAACCUUUUGUUAAAUGA